AUGCCAGCAGAAACCAUAUGGUCAAAUAAUUCAUCCCAAGAAAAUUCAAGCACACCCCAGUAUAGGACAGUUCUUGAACAAGUAGAUCCCGAAAUAGCGAAUAUGUUUGAUUCUAGUAGAGCAGAAGUUCCUGUUGAAAGGAGAAGGCUCUCUUUUAAUAAUGACACUGAUGGAGAAAAUGGACUUUUUGGAUUAAAAAGAGGGUCGUUAUCAGCCAUAACUGCGCCGGUAUAUCCAGGAACGGGUCAAGGAAGUAGUCAAGGAGGACCACAAAGGAUGAACUUUGGUACAGCUUCCAUUAGUGGUGGAAUAGCAAGCAGGCAUCCUCCUCAGGAUUCCUUUUUCCAGAAGUUUUCUUCUGUAGCUGAUGCCACUAGAGAUAUUGAAUUGUCAAAUGGAUUAAGUACGUUGUCUUUCGAGGGUCCUUCUUCAAGACGGCCAAGCUUUAACAAUGAAAGCGGAAUUAAGUCUUUGACAGAUGUGGCAAUAUUGACAUCUCCUCAAAGCUCUUUGAAUGAAAAUUUGAAUAUGCCUCCCCCAAGAACAUCUAGACAUCAGUCAAUCAGUGAAAAAAUUGAUCAUUACAAUAACAAUUCACCAAUACAGUCCACUGCAUCAUUAUCAAUAAGCACUGAUCCUAAUCCUAAGGCGCUGUCGAGUGACCAGAGUAUUAAAAAUGCGCAAGUUCCCUCCCAUAACUUCUGGAACCCUGCUGCGGCUCCUUCUUUUACUCCAGCAAAUUCAUAUCAUUAUUUUAUGGAUGGAGGUGUAUUUCAAGGUGGUCCAGCUCCUCCCCCUCCGCCUCCUAAUGCGUUUGCCUCGUAUGGACCACGUAAAGGUCAAUCCCCUUUCAAUGGCUCUGGAUUUAUUGUUCCUCCCCAAUCACCUAUGGAUCCUAACAUCUAUAAUAUGUCUUAUGAGGGUGACAUAGAAUUUAGGGAAGAUAGUAAAGAUGAAUUGGGAAAAAGUAAUGUUGCUGCUCAUCCAAAGUCUAAAAAAAUCAAUCCAAACAAUCCUGGAAUAGGUUUAAUCAAUCGACAGAUUUCUCCUCCGGCAAACUUUAUGCUUCCAGCUUUUAAUCCAUAUUCUGUGUACCAAAAUUCAUCUUCCCCUGUUGGUGAUGUGUUGCCCACCGCUGGGCAACCUAUUUCUUCGGAACAAGCAUCUUCCAAUGCUGGAUCUUUCGACAAGCAGCUGAUUUCUCAACAAUCUAUUUCUUCAUCAACAAAAAGAAAAAAUACAAGAAAUUCGAAUGGGCAUGGGAAAAAUGGAAACCACAUUUACAGAUCGCCUUUAUUGGAAGAAGUUCGCUCCAACUCCAAAGGGAAGGAUUAUUAUUUGAAAGAUAUAUAUGGCCAUGCUGUAGAAUUUACUAAAGAUCAGCACGGUUCACGCUUCAUUCAGCAAAAGUUGCCAAAUGCUAGUGAAGAGGAAAAGGAGGUUAUUUUCAAUGAAAUUAGAGACAUCUCUUAUGAUUUAAUGACAGACGUGUUCGGCAACUAUGUGAUUCAAAAGUUUUUCGAACAUGGUUCAACAACUCAGAAACAAAUCUUGUUGGAUCACAUGAUUGGUCACAUCUACGAAUUAUCAUUGCAAAUGUAUGGAUGUAGAGUUGUCCAAAGAGCACUUGAGGCGGUUAAUCUAGAGAACCAGAUCAGAGUAAUUGAGGAACUAAGGGAUUAUGUACUUAUAUGUGCUAAAGAUCAGAACGGAAAUCACGUUAUUCAAAAAUCGAUUGAAAGAAUUCCAUUUGAGAGGAUCAAAUUUAUACUAGAAAGCUUAGAUAACCAUAUCUAUCAUUUGUCAACACAUCCUUAUGGCUGCAGGGUAAUUCAGAGGCUAUUGGAGUACUCUGCUAUUGAGGACCAAGAGCGCAUAUUGAAUGAGCUCAAUAGAUUUAUUUUCUAUUUGAUUCAAGAUCAAUACGGGAACUAUGUGAUGCAACAUAUUCUAGAACGGGGCGAACUUAAAGAUCGAGAAGAAAUUUUGAAAGUGGUUCUCGGUUCAGUAGUAAACUUCUCGAAACACAAGUUUGCGUCAAAUGUGAUUGAAAAAUGUAUCAAAUUUGGCACUUUAGAUCAGCGUAAAAGAAUUCUUUAUGAAGUCAUGCUAGGAAAUGAAGAUUUUGAAGUUGAUGUUGUUAGUGAUGACUCUCCAUUAGCACUAAUGAUGAAAGAUCAAUAUGCAAACUACGUAAUUCAGAAACUUGUUGAGGGCUUUGAUGCGAAGAGUGAAGAAAAGAAAAUACUUGUAGUUAAAUUGAGGCAAUAUCUCAAGCAGAUUUCGUCUAAAAAUACGUAUGGAAAGCAUCUAGCAUCAGUAGAAAAAAUGAUCAUUGUUGCUGAAAAUGCUUUGAUUGAAGCUGAAAAGAGUUAA